GCGUAAAAUAGUACAAUAUGUCAAAUAAACGUAAGUACGUCAAUGUCAAAAUAAUGUCAUCUAUUGUUGAUGAAUUCAUGAAAUGUUUACGAAACGAAAUACCUGUGGUGCUAGGACAACAAAAGUAACACUUAGAAUCUAAAACAAGGGUUUAUUCCCGUUAAUUAGUUAUUGAAAUCUCUAAAUCGAUUUUAUACCUUAACAUGGGAAGUCUAGAUAGAGCAGUUUUGACGGGUUUUAUAUGUCGUUUGUGUUCUGAAAUGCAUCGAGUGGUACUACAUAUUUAUGGCGAAGAAGGCUUACGCUUGAAGAUAUCUGAGAAAAUUAGUAGAUAUCUUUCAAUAAAUGUGUCGCGCGCAGAUCCAUUACCAAAAACAAUUUGUAAAACUUGUUUAGAACGAUUGGAAAGUCAACAUAGACUCGUAACCGUGAUGGAACACGCAGCUCAAUUACUGAAACGUAAUUCAAGCGACCUAGAAAUAGGUCGCGGAAAAGAGAAUAAUGAUAAUAAUAACAAAAAUGGUGGUUCUACACUUUAAUACACAUAGGUUUGUGUACUUUAGGCUAAAUGAACUUUUGUUUAAAUAGUGAUGUAAAAAUGUAUAAAUUACUAGCAAUCUAGCAUACCUAACAUCACAUAACUCAAAUGCAAUAGCCGAAGAGGUGCUUCAUUUAAAUAUAGUCAUUUAUUAAACAAUUAAUAUUGGUCAUACUCCAAUAUACCUAUUAAGUAAUACUGGUGUAAGAACUUUACCUAUUUGUGUAAGUAACUAAAUGUGAAGAUUGGCAUUAAUUGGCUAAUUGCAUUGAAAUCUAACAAACAUGGACUUUUCAAUGGCACAUGAAAAGAAAAAGUGGUUUGUUUACACAUAACUAAAUGUAAUGUUACAAAUUAUGACAAAUGCUUAGAUAGCAGGAUUGUUACUGUAUUAAUGAAUUAAGUAAACUAAUGUGGCAUUGUUAGUAGACUGUAAUGUUGCUAGUGAUCUACAAAUAAAAUAUAAUUAAUUAUAAUUAUUAUGUCUAUGUAUUAAUUUAUUGGAUUAGGAUUAUUUAGAUGUCAUGGAUUUUAAUAUUGCCUGGUAUAUGGCAAUAGGUUCACCACCUAAUACAUGGGACUCAUAACAUACUCAGAGAAAAGUGGGUGUUACA